CCCGCCAAGCGAUCCCAACGGUUACCUUCGCAGCGAACUGCUUUCUAUUUUCCCUUCCAACACCACGCUCGGCUCCAUCCUUCCAUUCCUCUGCUUCCACACCACCCAAACCCCGAGAGCACGAGACAUCUCCAAGCAUCAAGCCAUCAGCAUGAGCAGCGCGGCCGAGACGAACACCGGCGGCGCGGCGGCAGUGGUGGUGGUGGAGCGCGUGGUGACAGUGGAGUACCUGGAGCAGUCCAUGUCGCGGGACCUGCUCGGCAAGUUCCCGGACCCCUCCGCCUUCGACUUCGACUACUCCCAGAGCGGCAUCUGGUCACCGCUCAGCAAGCUCCCCCGCGCGUCCCCGAUGCCGGCCUCCUCGGCCGACUUCCUCAUCGCCAACCCGAAGCGCAAGGCGAGGGCCGGCGGCUGCUGGCUCAAGGACUCCGCCGGAGCUGGCGGGAGGUCGAGGCGGCGGCGCCGGAGGCUGCGGCGGGACGGGUCGUUCCUCGACCUCCACGAGACGGGCAGGACCAAGCUCGACUUCUCGCCGCGCGCGCCGUCGCCUUCCCCCGCGAAGGAGGGGUGGAGGAGGGUGAUGAAGGCGGCGAUCCGGAAGUUCAAGGCGCGGCAGCGGCGAUCCCGGCCUGCUCCCCUGCUCCAGAUGGUCCUCCCCAUGGUGUGAAUGAUCGAUCAAUCGAUCGGGCUCACGAUUUGCUUAUACUUGUUUGAUUUGUUCAGUCGCAUUCUUUAGAUUUGAUUUGGACGCUGUUGCACGCCCAGCUUGUGCAAUAAGAAACAGCUCCUUUGUUGUAUCCAUAUAAUGAUCUUGCUGGACAGUGGAAUUUGGGACGCUUUUCCUUCGGUUUCCAAGGCAAUCAUGUUGGUUUUUCAAUUAUAACGGCAGGGGCGAAGCUACAUAUAGCUUAAGUGAUGAACUAGUAUCA